GAUGGCGGUGGUGUCUAGGGCUAUAUUUAACUUUCUUAGAGGAACAGGACUAAUGAAGAUAAUUUUAUGUAUGUAGGCCGUGACUGUCCUCACACUCCAGUACAGUAGGUGGCGGUGUAUGCACCUAAAACUUGGAUGCUAUCCGCCAACCAAAUCCCAAAGAAGAAGAAGAACACAAGGAAGUAUAUAACGAUAACGAGAAAUUGCCAUGGAAUGUAGCGAACUGCUAUUGUAGUUUAUUUUCCAGGUGAACAUUAAAAACAGUUUAUGGAUUGGCAUGCAUAUUUGAUAAAGGCUUCAGCUCAGUUCAUGGAAGCAGUCGUUUUGUUGACCAUUGUGGGGCAAGCUAUCUUUUCUAAAGACGCAGGUAGGUUAAUAAUGAUACGCCCAUGCAAGAGGGUACACUGUUCUUCAUUGUCCGUGAAUAAAAAGGAUUCCGUUGGGAUCAGAGUCCUAUUGUAGUAGCUGAUCUCGUGAUGAGAUUAUUUAUUGGAUUACCCCAAAAUGCAAUCAACUAGGCUACAAUAUCUCAGAGCUGAUUGUGUGAUCUUUGACAAAUCAGCCAAUGAUUGAUCUAUAACAAAUAAUCAUCAUCUGCUUAUUUUGAUAUGAUAUUGCAAUUUCCAAAUGUUAUGGAUAUUGCGAUUAUUUCAUAUAACAUAGGCUUUAUUCUUUUUCAUGAGGCUGAGGGGAGGACAGCUCAUAAUAAUGGCCGGAACAGAGCGAAUGGCAUCAAACAUGUAUUUGAUACCAUUCUACUCCAGCCAUUACCACGAGCCCGUCCUCCCCAAUUAAGGUGCCACCAACCUCCUAUGAAUAGGGCUAUUGAUUAUGAUAGUCAAGGCCUUUUCCUAGCACAGGUAUUAAAUAGACAUAGCUUACACAAAUGUUAUACUUGAACCUUCAACCCAUGUUGCAGUCAUUGCAGUUGUAUGGCAUUGGGAUUUCAAUUUCAAUUUUCUAACGACCACUGGUUUCCUCAAUGAUGUAUCUGGAAACUGAACCUACCUGCCGGGGGAUUGAGAUUUUAAUCAAAUGAAAAGAGCUUUCAAUCAACUGCUUUCAAUGUAAAGAAAUGAGUUGGAACUCAGCUGCAUAGCCUAAGUCAAAAAUAGAUGUAACUUCUGGUUAAUCAUGUCCCUUCCAUUUCCUCUUCUCUUCCCUUACCUCUAGGAUCAUGUCAUCCAAGGAGGGGGGGGAAGGUGAAACUGCUAAAUCCGGGUCUAUGGCAACACAGAGUUCAAUGGCCGUCAACAAUGAUGGGGACAACGACCACAAGAACCAUCAUGAGGAAGUAGGGAGGUUGCACGCGGAACCAAGCAACGAAACAGGCAGUACGGCAGACACCAGCACAGCAGCCAAGAACUUAGCUUUGCUCAAAGCCCACUCCCUGGAUGUGAAUUUUGAGGUUGGCGAGGAGUAUGACGUCAUAGAGACCAUCGGCACAGGGGCCUAUGGCGUCGUGUCCUCCGCCAGGAGGCGGGACAAUGGUGAGAGGCUGCUUUGAAGUUUUAGGCUGUGACUGAACAAAAAUACUAGUUGUCAAAUCCUUGCUUGCUCCAUCCUUGUUAUAUCAAAUUCUCGCAAAGCUUGUUGUCGGGGCAGGUCCAAGGGAGGGAGGGACCUUGGAUCCUCUCCACCCAUUGGCUUCUGGGCGCUUGGGCCUUGGGGGCCUGGGCCUAUCCAGUUUUUUGUUAUAGGCCUACCUUAAAAUAUUGCCUGCCCAAUUAAUUUUUUGACAUUUUUUUUAGAUAGAAAUUACCCAUCAAAAAUAAUAAAUUAAGGGGACAUAUUCAUCAUCUCCAGCACCACACCAGCAUAUGUGAAAACAGCGUGUUUCUAUUAGGGCUGGUAAUUGCCAAGGACCUCACGAUACGAUAUUAUCAUGAUACUUAUCGAUAUUAUCACUAUGUAUUGCGAUUCUCACGAUUCCAUAUGUGUUGCGAUUUGAUACUGUGAUUUUAUUGCGAUGCGAUGUUCCAAACAUAACAUACUUAAUAUAAUAAUAAUAUAAUAUGCCAUUUAGCAGACGCUUUUAUCCAAAGCGACUUAAAGUCGUGCGUGCAUACAUUGUUGUGUAUGGGUGGUCCCUACUUCUCACCAUACAGUGAGGUUUUCCUACUUACAAAGCAUGUAGAGGUCUGUAAUUUUUUAUCAUAGGUACACUUCAACUGUGAGAGACGGAAUCUAAAACAAAAAUCCAGAAAAUCACAUUGUAUGAUUUGUAAGUAAUUAAUUUGUAUUUUAUUGCAUGACAUAAGUUUGUUUUCAGACUUAGCCCCGGAUGACUGGAAAGAGAUUCACAGGUUAUUUUACUAUUAGAUGGUAUGCGUAAUGAAAUAAGGUGUGUUUGUAAAGCAGAAUUUACGUUGUCAUAUACUGAUAAAACAUAAUGGUUCUCUUUGUUAAUCUUUAUCCUAUCUUUUGCUAGCUAUACUGAACAAAAAUAUAAACGCAGCAUGUAAAGUGUUGGUCCCAUUUUUCAUGAGCUAAAAUAAAAGAUCCCAGGAAUUUUCCAUACAGAUUUUGAGCACAAAUUUGUUUACUUACCUGUUAGUGAGCAUUUCUCAUUUGCCAAGAUAAUCCAUCCAUCUGACAGGUGUGGCAUAUCAAGAAGCUGAUUUAAUCAGCAUGAUCAUUACACAGGUGCACCUUGUGCUGGGGACAAUGAAAGGUCACUCUAAAAUGUGCAGUUUUGUCACAACACAAUGCCACAGAUGUCUCAAGUUUUGAAGGAGCGUGCAAUUGGCAUGCUGACUGCAGGAAUGUCCAACAGAGCUUUUGCCAGAGAAUUGAAUGUAUAUUUCUCUACCAUAAGCCGCCUUGAAUGUUGUUUUAGAGAAUUUUGCAGUACAUCCAACCGGCCUCACAAUCGCAGACCAUGUGUAACCACACCAGCCGAGGACCUCCACAUCCAGCUUCUUCACCUGCGGGAUCGUCUGAAGAGGGGGGGUGCUGAGGAGUAUUUUUGUCUGUAAUAAAGUCCUUUUGUGGGGAAAAACUCAUUCUGAUUGGCUGUGCCUGGCUACCCAGUGGGUGGACCUGGCUCCCAAGUGGGUGGACCAGGCUCCCAAGUGGGUGGGUCUAUGCCCUCCCAGGCCCACCCAUGGCUGCGCCCCUCACUGCCCAGUCAUGUGGAAUCCAUAGAUUAGGGCCUAAUGAAUUUAUUUAAAUUGACUGAUUUCCUUCUCAGUAAAAAAACCUUUGAAAUUCUUGCAUGUUGCGUUUAUAUUUUUGUUCAGUAUAUUUUUUCAUCUGGGUAACUUAUCUGCAGGUCAACAAGUGGCAAUUAAGAAGAUUCCCAAUGCUUUUGAGGUGGUGCAAAACGCUAAGCGUACAUUGCGAGAGCUGAAGAUUCUCAAGCAUUUCAAACAUGACAACAUUAUCGCCAUCAAAGACAUCCUCCAGCCUAGCCUCCCUCACUUCAAGUCUGUGUAAGUAACUCUUAUUCUUCGUUAUAUUUCUGGAUGCCCCUUAUUUGAAAGUAAAUUUUUUUGUAAAGUCAAGGGAAAAAAACAUACAAAUGACUGGAUACAACAAAGAGUUCAUUUCUCUUACUAUCCCUUUCUCCAUCUAAUCUUUACUGUCUUGUCCUCGUCUCUCCUCCUCUUCCAGAUAUGUGGUUCUGGACCUGAUGGAGAGUGACCUCCACCAGAUAAUCCACUCCCGGCAGCCGCUGACUCCAGAGCACACACGCUACUUCCUGUACCAGCUCCUACGCGGUCUCAAGUACGUGCACUCGGCCAAUGUCAUCCACCGCGACCUCAAGCCCUCUAACCUGCUGGUCAAUGAGAACUGCGAGCUGAAGAUCGGCGACUUCGGCAUGGCCCGGGGCCUUAGCUCGCACCCCGAGGAGUCCCACUCCUUCAUGACCGAGUACGUGGCCACGCGCUGGUACCGCGCCCCCGAGCUAAUGCUCUCGCUGCACCACUACAGCCUGGCCAUCGACAUGUGGUCCGUGGGCUGCAUCUUUGCCGAGAUGCUGGGCCGCAAGCAGCUGUUUCCCGGGAAGCACUAUGUCCACCAGCUGCAGCUUAUCCUGUCUGUGUUGGGCACACCGCCGGAGGGCGUGAUCGGGGCCAUUGGGGCCGACCGGGUGCGCUCGUAUGUGCGGAGCCUGCCAUCGCGCGCCCCCGUGCCCCUGGCCAAGUUGUACCCGCAGGCCGAGCCUGCUGCCCUGGACCUGCUGGCCACCAUGCUGCGCUUCGAUCCUCGCGAGCGGAUUGAUGUGAGCCAGGCACUGGAGCACCCCUACCUGUCCAAGUACCACGACCAGGACGAUGAGCCCAUCUGCGUGCCCGCCUUCGACUUUGAGUUCGACAAGGCGCCCAUGAGCCGGGAGCAGAUCAAAGAGGCCAUCCUGGUGGAGAUCCAAGACUUCCACCGGCGGAAACAGAACAACCGCCAGAGGAUCCAGUUCAGGCCCUUACAGAGGCAGGCUGGUGGCAGCAAUGACCAAGGGUCUGCUCAAACCUCCACCGUCAACCUGACCAAUAACUCAUUGGCUUCCAUGUCACGACCGUCGCAGGUAUCGCAGAUGCAGCCUCAACCAGUGUCAGAGACUCAAGCCAAUCAGCAUCAUAAAACGACAGGAGGGAGCCAGACUUUCGCCAAUCAGCUGCCGUCCUUUAGUAAACAGGCCCCGCCCCUUUCAGAGGUGACCCCGUCCCAACGUCUGACCCACACGUUGCCUCCCCUGACCCAGACAGAGAGUUGCCAGGACGUGGACAUGCCCAGCGCCAACUCGGACAGCGGGCAGCCUGAGAUCAUAGACCUGAUCACGCCAGUCUCUUCCCAGGGCACCUCACCGUCUGAAGCUCUGAGGGAAAGCUCGAAGGUGGAGGAGCUAGUACCCACCAGCCAGGGGGGGCCUCUGACCCAAGUCACCCAGAGUCAGCCAAUGUCUCAGGGCCAGGCUGCGUCUUCCCUAUCCUCCACUUUAGUACACGACACCAUGGCUCCUCUGCCCAACUCUGUGCCUUCUCUCAUGCUCUCCCAGGCCCAAGCUCAGUCGCUUUCGCAGUCCCUCACACAGUCAUUGUCCAAGGGGGCGAGGGGAACAGCGGGGGCGGGAGAAGGGACCAGGAAAGAUGGAGCCAUUUCGGAGGACACCAAAGCAGCGCUCAAGGAGGCCUUGCGGAAGUCGGCUCUCAGAAACAAAGCCAGAGGUAAAUUGUAACAGUCUACACUUUCGAGUCUCCUCUCCUCUUAAAAAGGUCUGACGUGCUUGCGUCUUACUGUGUUCCUUUUAAACGGAUAGUUCAGUAUGUGCAUGACAUUUUAAACAUGCAGACUGGUGGACAUUGACUUAUAUUGGGUUUUGGUUAGAAAACCAAAGCAGUCUCUCCUUGUCCAUUGACUACUUUCAAUGUAAGGAAACAAAUGUAUAAAUUGUCUGCACUACCCUUUAACCAGAAUAUUUCUCUCUUCAGAUGGAGGUCCUACAGCGCUGAGUAUGGAUACAGGUGGAGCAGGUCUGUCAUCCUCCCUCUCUCUUCCGGAGCUACGGCGGCCCGUCACAGCCCAGGAGCGUCAAAGAGAAAGGGAGGAGAAGAGGCGGAGGAGGCAGGAGCGAGCUAAGGAGCGGGAGAGGAAGAUGAAAGAGAAGGAGAGAAAAGAAGGGGACUCGUUGGGUGGGGUUCUCCUGAGCGACAACGACAAGAGCCUAUUGGAACGCUGGAAGAGGAUGAUGGACAGCCGUGCAGACAAAUCACAGACCCCUGAUGUCGACGCAGCCAAAACUAAGGGCUGCAAAGUAAAUUCCCACCUCGGCGGGAAGUCUAGCGAUAACACCGAGGCGGCAAUGGCUGUAAAUCACACAAAAUCGGAUAAGGAAGCAGGGGAGAUUCAGACUCACAAACAGACGGUACCCCAAAUAGAGCCCAAUCUGUCAGGCAUGUUCCAGCCACUAAAUACCCAGGGCUCACUGCCUUUCUCUCUAGGCCAGACAAAGGGAGGGGAGAUGGGGCGUGUGGCUGUGAGUGGAGGGAUGGAUCUGUUGGAUGGAGCCUCCUGUGGCUUAGCUAAAAACAACACGCUAAAACCGACGCAGGGUGUGUACGAAGGGCUGAGGAUCUUCAACUGUCUGGGGAAUUGGGCCGGGCAGCAGCAGGUAGGGGCCGGGACUUCCCAGCAACAGCAGCUACUCCUUAACAGAUCACCCCAAGCCUGCCAGACAAGCUUCCCUCAGCCUCAGCUGCACCCCGUGGAGACUUUCUUGACGAAAGCCCCAGCACUGCCACCGAGAGAAACCAAUGGCAACAUGAGAACAGGGGGAGGCCAGAACAACAUCAACGCUCACCCUAACUCAGUCACUAGUGGUGCCGGGCCCAUGGAGAAGCUGUGCUCGGCUCUGAGAGAGAAGCCCGGGUCCCACACGCAGAGCCCUCUCUGCGGGGCCUUAGGGGCCCCGUCCCUUCCUCAGCCCAGCUUAGGGUUCACAGACACCGGACAGCCGGGGCACGCUGUGGCCCCUGACAUCCACACGGUCACACUGCAGCUCUCAAAGUCACAGGUGGGUCUGAGUCUUCCUUUCUUCUUAAUCUCGCUCUCUUUUAGAGCCCCCUGUUAUAUAUAUUUUUUAGCAGUAUUGUAGUUAUGUAUUUUUCAUAUUUUUAUUCAAGUCUGAAUAUUGGCCAUAUCUUGUCUGGUAAUCUAACAUUUGUUUGGGGGGUUAUAAAAGCAGAUGAACUAAACCACUAACUUAGAAAAGCUAGAGGGCAGACUUGGGACAAAAUACUGAUAGCAAAAUACUGACAGUCAACUGAGUGGGACUUGCUAUGGGUUAAAGCUAUUAAUGAUACAAAGAAUAUACCUUUUAAUGCCUUAUGAGUUAAAUUGUCGAACCCUAUCAAAACUCCAAAUAUAACCUGACUUUACCUCAGUUUGUAAACAAUGGAACUGUAAACAUGUAUAGCUUGAAAACAUAGUUAAAAGUAUAAUUUUCAUAUUUACAAUACAACAUCCGUGUGUGCAGAGUGCGUGUCUAAUCAAGUGUAUGUGUGUCUGUGCCUGUGUGUAUGUGUCUCUUCACAGUCCCUACUGUUCCAUAAGGUGUAUUUGUAUCUGUUUUUUUAAAAUCUGAUUAUACUGCUUGCAUCAGUUACCUGAUGUGGAAUAGAGUUCCAUGAAGCCAUGGCUCUAUGUAGUACUGUGCGCCUCCCAUAGUCUGUUCUGGACUUGGGGAUUGUGAAGAGACAUUUGGUGGCAUGUCUUGUGGGGUAUGCAUGGGUGUCCGAGCUGUGUGCUAGUAGUUUAAACCGACACUGGUGCAUUCAGCCUGUCAACACUUCGUACAAACACAAAUAGUGAUGAAGUCAAUCUCUCCUCCACUUUGAGCCAUGAGAGAUGUACAUGCAUAUUGUUGUUAGCUCUCCGUGUACAUUUAAGGGCCAGCCGUGCUGCCCUGUUCUGAGCCAAUUGUAAUUUUCCGAGGUCCCUCUUUGUGGCACCUGACCACACGACUGAACAGUAGUCCAGGUGUGACAAAACUAGGGCCUGUAGGACCUGCUUUGUUGAUAGUGUUGUUAAAAUGGCAGAGCAGCCCUUUAUUAUGGACAGACUUCUCCCCAUCAUAGCUACCGUUGUUUCAACAUGUUUUGACCAUGACAGUUUACAAUCCAGGGUUACUCCAAACAGUUUAGUCACUUCAACUUGCACAAUUUCCACAUUAUAUAUUACAAGAUUUAGUUGAGGUUUAGGGUUUAGUGAAUGAUUUGUCCCAAAUACAAUGCUUUUAGUUUUUGAAAUAUUUAGGACAAACUUAUUCCUUGCCACCCAUUCAGAAACUAACUGCAGCUCUUUAAGUGUUGCAGUGAUUUCACUCGCUGUAGUAGCUGACGUGUAUAGUGUUAAAUCAUCCGCAAACAUACACACUGGCUUUACUAAUGACAUGCCACUGGCCUUGAGUAAAGACUGAAAAAAGUAAGGGGUCUAGACAGCUGUCCUGGGGAAUUCCUGAUUCUACCGGAAUUAUGUUGGAGGCUUCCAUUAAAGAACACCCUCUGUGUUCUGUUAGACAGGUAACUCAUUAUCCAUAAUAUAGCAGGGGGUGUAAAGCCAUAACACAACUUUUUCCAUCAGCAGACUAUGAUAGAUAAUGUCAAAAGCCGCACUGAAGUCAAACAAAACAGCUCCCACAAUCUUUUUAUCGUCAGAUUCUCUCAGCAAAUUUUCAGUCAUUUGUGUAAGUGCCGUGCUUGUUGAAUGUCCUUCCCUGUAAGUGUGCUGAAAGUCUGUUGUCAAUUUGUUUACAAUAAAAUAGUAUUGUAUCUGGUCAAACACAAUUUUUUCCAAAAGUCUAUUAAGGGUGGGUAAGAGGCUGAUUGGUCGGCUAUUUGAACCAGUAAAAGGGGGCUUUACUAUUCUUGGGUAGCAGAAUGACUUUUGCUUCCCUCCAGGCCUGAGCGCACACACUUUCUAGUAGGCUGAGAUUGAAGAUGUGGCAAAUAGGAGUGGUAAUAUCGUCCGCUAUUAUCCUCAGUCAUUUUCCAUCCCAAGUUGUCAGACCCCGGUGGCUUGUCAUUGUGGAUAGACAACAAUCCAUUUUUCACAUCCACACUCACUUGACGGAAUUCACAAUUACAAUGCUCGUCUUUCAUAAUUUGAUCAGUUAUACUUGGAUGUUUAGCGUCAGCGUUUGUUGCUGGCAUGUCAUGCCUAAAUUGGCUAAUCUUGCCAAAGAAAAAAAUCAUUAAAGUAAAUGGCAAUAUCAGUGGGUUUUGUGAUGAAUGAGCCAUCUGAUUCAAUGAAUGAUGGAUCUAAGUUUUGCCUUUUUGUCAAAUUUCAUUUAAGGAGCUCCAAAGUGUUUUACUAUCAUUCUUUAUGUCAUUUAUCUUUGUCAUAGUGUAGUUUCUUUUUAUUCAGUUUAGUCACAUGAUUUGCAGUACGUUUGCCAAUUGGUUGUACAGCCAGACUUAUUUGCCAUUCCUUUUGCCUCAUCCCUCAACCAUACCAAUUUUGAAUUCCUCAUCAAUCCACGGGGAUUUAAGUUUUUACAGUCAUUUUCUUAAUGGGUGCAUACUUAUUAGAAACUGGAAUAAGCAAUUUCAUAAAUGUGUCAAGUGCAGCGUCUGGUUGCUCCUCAUUACACACCACAGACAAACAAAUAUUCUUUACAUCAACAACAGAUGUUGGUGAAGCCGGGUUUUAACGUCUCGUUGCCACUCUCAGGUGGAAGAUGUGCUGCCUCCGGUGUUCUCCGUCACCCCUAAGGGCAGUGGGGCGGGGUACGGAGUGGGCUUUGACCUGGAUGACCUCUUCAACCAGUCCCUCACUGACCUCCAGCACGCAGACCUCAGAGACAGGUGAGUCAAACUUUACACCUAUUCCAUAGUACCUGGAACAGUGUUGCAGAACACUAUGAAAACAUCAUUCAUUUGCUUAUGUUAAACAUAGUUUAAACAAGUAUACCCCAGAAACCACUGUAAUAAUAAUAUAAUAUGCCAUUUAGCAGACGCUUUUAUCCAAAAGCGAUUUACAGUCAUGCGUGCAUACAUUUUUACGUAUGGGUGGUCCCGGGGAUUGAACCCACUACCCUGGCGUUACAAGCGCCAUGCUCUACCAAUUGAGCUACAGAGGACCACUGUAGAUGCAAAUGUUGUACCAUACAUACAUUUGGAGUUGGUGUACUGUCAGUCAAAAUGAUAAUCAGCACCAGCAGGCGAACUUCUCUAACCCUCACUCUCUUUUCCAACCCUCACUCUCUUUUCUCCUCCGUCAGUUACAAUGACUCAGGCCCCCUCUCAGCCUCCCUGCUCUCUGAUUGGCUGGAGGUGCACCGCAUGACUCCGGCUGACCUGGAAUCACUACAGCAGGAACUACAGCUAGGAUCUCCCAUGAUCCUCUCUGACUCCAUCCCUCCUGACACCUGA